AUGAGACCUGAUGCACAGUUACAACAUAGUCGGGAAGUACAGAAAGUAUGUGGAAGUCGUCAUGAUACAAUUACAGUUCCAAAUAUAAAAUUAACAUCAUCAGCUCGAUAUUGUUCUGUAUUUCCAUCAAUAAAUAUAAAAGGUAGUAUACGUCAUUUACAAUUACGUCCACGUGAAUUAGAUGAUUAUCGUCAACGAUGUGAAUCUGUAUUACGUCGUUAUUUUAAACGUAUGCAAUGGUUAUUAAAUGGUAGUCGUUUAAUAUUUUCAACUAUAAUACAUAAACAUAUACUUAUACUUAUUGAUACAAGUGGUUCAAUGGAAACUAAUAUAGAUUAUUUAAAAAAAGAAUUAGCUACACUUGUAUGGGAACAAUUAUAUUCAUAUCAAAUACAAUUUAAUUUUAUACAAUUUAAUGAUAAUUAUCAAAUAUGGCGUGAUAAUCUUGUUUUACCAACAGAAGAUAAUUGUCAUGAAGCUAUUGCAUGGAUAAGUACAUUAAAAGCAAAUGGUAAUACAUGUAGUGAACGUGUAUUAAAAUUUGCAUUUGAUUUUCAUUAUACAAAACAAUCCAUUGAUAGUAUUUAUUAUAUAAGUGAUGGUAAACCUGAUCAUAGUACAAGUUAUUUAUUAGAACAAGUACGUUUAAUGAAUACAAUACAUACAAAUACAAUAAAUAGAAAAUCUAUAUCAAUAAAUACAAUAUCAUUUUGUUGUCAUGAUAUUGAUGCAAAUAAUUUUUUAAAAAAUUUAGCACAUGAUAAUAAUGGACGUUAUCAUUGUUCAACAAAUAAUACACGUGAUAUACAUUUAUUUAUGCAUCGUUUACAACAAGAUAAAACAUAUGAUUUAGAAUUUGAUGAAAAUUCAUUAUUAGAACUUGAAAGUGAUGAUAUAAAACGUUUAUUAAAAGAAAUUAUUAAAGCAAGACUUUAUUUAAAACAAGCUAUUACAUUUCGUUCACUUUAUAAUCAACAACAAGAUUCAACUAAUAAAGGACAACAACAACAACAACAACAACAACAGCAGCAACAACAAGAUGAUAGUAUUCUUGUUGGACCAGCUCGUGUACCAAUGUCUGAACAAUGGUUUAAUAGAAAAUCAACAAGUUUAUAUACAUAA